CUUUCAAAAUCUAUGCGUACAUGUAAACUUCCUGUAGUUUAUGUUGAUUACAUUUCGUUAUUCGGCUCCCAGCUUUUUGUGAAACAAGGUUAAACAACAAGAGGAAAUGAAUGUGUAAGUUGAGAUUCGUAAAACGGGCGAAGUAUGAGGAGAAGUCAUGCUCCUAGCCAGCUGGCUCUGAGUUCACAUAAGAGAAAACAUAGUGAUGAGGACAUGCCUGGCAGUAGAAGUUGUUCUAAGGAUUUGAAGAAAAUGAAGAUAAAUGGGACUCAUAGUUGGUCAGGACUUAACCCUUUCAUGUCACCAUACAGAAAACCACUUUGUCCUAUAAUGAAUGACUCUGAUGAUGAAGACAGUGAUGCUCCAACUCCCACUGCUGGUUCUUCACAUGAGGAUAUGAUUCGCAGGAUUCUUUCCAGACCAUUUAAAAUUCCAAUUCCCAAUUAUAAAGGUCCUGUCAUGGGUAAAGUUUUGGGUGUGCGAAGACAGGGUGCACGCCGACCUUUACAUGACCCAGACGAAGAGGGUGCAUUAAUUUUGUAUAGUCCACCAGUUUUAUCAGCGCAUGAACAACUCACAGUGAACAAGGAAAAUCAGCCUGUACACGUUGUAGUUGAUCCAGUAGUGUCCAAAGUUCUGAGGCCUCAUCAGAGAGAGGGUGUGAAGUUUAUGUGGGACUGUGUGACUGGUAGACGAAUAGAGAAGAGUUACGGCUGUAUUAUGGCUGAUGAAAUGGGUUUGGGUAAAACUUUACAAUGUAUAACUUUGAUGUGGACGUUACUCAAACAGAGCCCAGACUAUAUUAUUAUACUUGUGUUCUUGCUAGAAAACAAUUGGUAUAAUGAGAUUAGUAAAUGGUUGGGUUCAAGGAUUUCUCCAAUAGCAAUUGAUUCUGGAUCAAAAGCUGAUAUCGACAGGAAUUUAACUCAUUUCAUGACACAGAAUGGUCGUCGUAUCGCCCACCCAAUACUAAUAAUAUCAUAUGAGACAUUCCGUUUACAUGCAUCUGUGUUGCAUAAAGGAGCUGUAGGCCUUGUUUUAUGCGAUGAAGGCCAUCGAUUAAAGAAUUCUGAAAAUCAAACAUAUCUUGCACUGAGUGGACUGAACUGUAAAAGAAGAGUUCUCCUUGACUGUUGCCCCCUGACACAGUGGCUCCUGAGUUCUAAUUCUUCUAUACUUUCCAAGUACCUCCCAGUGAAAGUUGAACAAGUUGUUUGCUGUCGGUUGACUGAUGUGCAGAGAGCACUGUACAAUGGUUUUGUCAGCACCAAAGCAGCUGAGUGUCAAGUAACUAGUAAUGGUAAAGUCAGUAUGUCAUCACUGUCAUCUAUCACACAACUCAAGAAACUGUGCAAUCAUCCUUCCCUUAUUUACAAUAAAUGUGUGGAUGGAGAAGAAGGAUUUGAUGGGGCAUUAGAUUUAUUUCCAUCUAAUUUUAAUGCUAAAGGUGUGCAGCCAGAGUUGUCAGGUAAAAUGCAAGUGUUGGAUUACAUCCUGGCAGUGACGAGAACAACUAGUAGUGAUAAAGUUGUGUUGGUUUCUAAUUAUACACAAACAUUGGAUUUAUUUGAAAAACUAUGUCAUAAUAGAGGAUAUCUGUACGUAAGAUUAGAUGGUAGUAUGUCUAUUAAGAAGAGAGCCAAGAUGGUGGAAAGAUUCAACAAUCCAUCUAGUGCAGAGUAUAUAUUUAUGUUAAGCAGCAAAGCUGGUGGCUGUGGACUUAAUCUUAUUGGUGCCAACAGAUUAGUGAUGUUUGAUCCAGAUUGGAAUCCAGCCAAUGACGACCAAGCGAUGGCUAGAGUCUGGCGAGACGGACAGAAGAAGCAGUGUUACAUAUAUAGGUUAUUAUCUACUGGCACAAUUGAAGAAAAGAUAUUUCAACGACAAGCUCACAAGAAGGCUUUGAGUAGUUGUGUUGUUGAUAACGAAGAGGACGUUGAGAGACAUUUCUCACUUGAUGAACUCAAAGAUUUAUUUAAAUUAAAUGAGAACACACAGAGUGAUACACAUGAUAAGUUCAAGUGUAGACGAUGUGUCAACAAUAUCCAAGUACGGCCACCACCAGAUGGAAGUGACUGCAGUAAUGACUUAUCGCAGUGGAAUCAUUGCCCAGAUAAGAAAGGAAUCAUUGAUCAAGUUUUAAAAAGCAGUUGGUGUGAUAACAUCAGUUUUGUAUUUCAUCAUCGGUCACAUGAUCAAAUUCAGACUGUUUAG